CAAAUAUGGGUUGAGGUUGAUUUUCUAAAAGCUCAGGCUACGAUAAUCGCAAGAAAAGAAGCGUUGAGAAUAGAGAACCUGUACUAAUAACAACUAAUAGAGAUUCUGCUCCUCCUGAGCCAGUCCAAGAUAUCUCUACGAAUAGUGGGAAGGAAGAACAUAAGAAAGAUAAAGUUCAGACAAAAGAGAGAACUAAGAAAAAGAAGAAACCCAAACCUAAGUAAGGCUAAGCCCAAGAGAGAGUUUUAUGAUUUAAGAAUAUUAUCAACAUCAGAUAAGAAGGCCAAUCCUUUAUGGAUAGGAAAUCAGAAGCAAAAUCUGGAUUUCCCUAUAUAUAAGUUCUUGGUGGAGAAGACUAUUCACGAAAUAGACUCUUCUAAACUGUCUACUCGUGAAGAAUGGCAAGAAAUUAAAAUAAGUUCUGAAUCAGAACACGAACUGGCUGAAAGACUGCUUAAAGGGAAUAAAUAACAAGAGAGAGUGGAUUCAUGAGUAUGUGUCUCUGUGUGACAGCAAACAAGAACCCAACUCUUUCUCUGCCCUGACCAAUCUCAGAAAUAUGGUUCAACUCUAUGAGCAGUUUAACUGGUAUGUCUGGGCCGUCGGGUACUUCUACUUCAAGAAUGAGUUUAGUGAAGAUAAGUUCGGGUUGCCAUCUCCAGCCAACGAUGCAUGGGUAGAAGGCUUUACAUGGAAAGGAGUUUACUUUAGGCUGAUCCCAUUGGAGCACUCAUAUUUGGUCAAAAGAGAGAUCGAAGCAAUUAAGCACAUCACCCUUGAGUUAGAAGAAUGCUCUGCUUUAGAAAAAUAAUUACGCUCAAAGAUUCAAAGUUGAUAUAGAUGAAUCAUAUCAUAAACGCAUACUCCCACCUUUACUAUCAAUAACCGAAUGUGGUAGCUUUGCAAUUUAUGGGUGUCCUGUAAUUCCAAUAGCUCGUCGGUCAAAAUCAGCCCCUUCAAUAUCGAUUAAAAAUCUACAGAAGGAAGAGAAUGUAGAUUUCUCUGACUCAAUGUUGCAAUUAAUGCCUUACCUUAGCAAGCUCACACCAGAAAAUUUAGUGCCUUUGAACUUGGAAGAUUUUGAGGACAAGUACAUAAUAAUUAACUGACACAAAGUUCUUCAGCCAUACCAACCUGAAGUAUUUUCUAAAUGAAUUAUCCGAAUUCCGGAAGAAGAGACAGAAGAGAUUUCUAUUUAUCAAUACCCUCUCAACAACUUGAUUCCUCUCGAAGAACUGAUUUCUCUGUUUGAUGGAAAAAUUGAGGAAAAUGAAGAACGAUCCUACAGUGAAAAGGAACUGAAAUCUAUCGCCAAGGAACGGAAACACAUCAGAGAAUGUAACUUCACUUCCCAUGGUUGCUAUAUGAAAAUUCUUCUGUACGACAGGAAUCAUGGAGAUGAUGACUCCAUGCAGGAGAAUGAUAGAGCUAAAGCAGUCUUUAUGUCUCGUGAUGAUCGUGUUUUCCGCAUGGCUGGCAUAAAGAACAAGCCAUCCACCAUUCCAUUCUUUACUAAUGACCUUCUGAGUCAUAAUAUUAUGGGUGAAUCAGAGAUAAUAACUGGUGACGUUCUCCUAGUCGUUGAACAAUGAGUUAAUAAUUUCAGAAUUCCAUAUGCAUUAGCUUAUAACAAGCCGAGUCGAAGGGCAGAGCUCUGCAUUGAGAAAUCAAUUGACAGGGCUCGAGAAGUGCUUGAGGUAAAUAACGACAUUACUUCUGACACAGCUUUGCUAGAAUUUUUAGCAAGAAAAGGAAUUCCGGAAAGCUCAGUCUGGAUUCUUUCAGUCAUUGUUAAAACAAAGCUGAUCAGUCAAAUCUGCAAAUGCAUCAUCCUCGCAAACACUGUUAAAAGAAUCGUUGACAAAGAAGUCUUUGUAAUGUCUAACUUUGAAGGGAAAGAUAAAAUUCCAAAGGGGAUCACCAAAGAGGGUGACCUCACUUCGCCUCUCUUCACUGAAAGGAUGACAUAUGUGAUAGAAAACAUUAUUAAGAACAACCUUGAUGAUGAGUCUAAGCUGGCCAAGAACCUGAUAAUGACUCUGUUCUUCUACAGACUAGAGUCUUUACCUUUUCAUAAUAACCUACAGUUCGAUAUGAGGACAAAGGAUUAUCUCCAAGGAAGGAAUAUUUUGAAGGAUGUCCUACAAGUCUCAGUGCAGAACCCGUUGCUGUUUCUUAAGACAGUUGAAAAUACCUGAAAUAUGAAGUUCUCCAAAGAGCUAAUUAGGAAAUGAGGGGUUGAUAAGUUCUCUAUCAUUCACUCUGAUGAGCCUCUCAAUGUGGACUAUCACAACCCAAAUGUAGAUGCAGAUAUGAAAAAUUAUGCACCCGUCUCUGUAAGAGAAAGGAUGUAUUUUGUCAUGGCCUCAUUCAUUUCUACUAGGGAAUCAAUUAUGCUUGAUGAAGCUAGUGCGGAAGGCUCCAAGAGUGAAGAAUCAGCCUCUGUUAAAAACUCCUACCUUGACGAUGACGAAGAAGAGUCAGACGAAGAAGAAAAUGAAGAAAGUAGUGAGAGAAAUAGCUCAGAUGAGGAAGAAGAUGAAGAUGCCAGUGAUGAGUCUUACGACUCAGUUGCUUCUUUGAAUAGAAAGGAAAACUCUCCUCCUUUUAAGCAAGCUAAAUUUGAAAAACAUGAGAAUAAAAUUAAUAGUGUUUACUCGAGUAGAAUGAGCAUGAUUAGUAGUCAUGACAAUGUGCUGAGAGCUUCUGCACCAAUGAUGAAUUUGAACAAGAAUUACAUUGAAAUUGAUAAUGAUUACAAGAAGUGUCAAUACUUGACUAAAGUCUUCCUCCAACUUCCACCCUGCUUAUACAGACUAAAGCUAUACAACAUAGAAGUUGAUUCAAAGGAUAUAUCUAGCAUUUCUAAUGCAACUCAAAUAGGAAACCACGCUGACUUCUUACAGGAAUGUUCAGUUUUGAAGCAAAAUUAUUCUCUGCAAACACUUGAUGACCUAAAUCGGUUGGUGAUGUUCUUAGAGAACUCAUUCAAAGAUGUUCAAUCAAUAGAGGGAGAUGAAUCUGCGUUCCUCGAAAUCUUAUUAAUCAACAACAUUGUUUUAUUCGUUUGCAAUAAAUUUGAAGACAUUUACAAAAACUUGGAAAAAUCAAGAGAGAUUCUGUUCAAUCUAUCAAAAUGCCCACUAGAGAUCAUCUCCAUGAUGCAAACAUUUACAGGUGUGCUCUUUGAGAAGGAAAACUUAGCAGAAUCUGAGAAGGAAUAUCUCAUGGCUCUUAUUCAUUAUUUCCCAAUUGUAUGUGAUCCCAGAGGAAGAGGUGCUUAUUCCUCAAACUAUCUUCUAGCAUUAACUUGGAAGGCAUCCAUGGUAGCUCAUUACUAUAAGAAAGAGAUAGAUGCAGAAUUGUGUGAGGAAUUACUAGAUGCAACUAUUCAUAAUAUUAACCAAGCUAAAACUUUGGAGCAUAUUAGCUCUUCUAGCUCUAAUGAAGACAAGAAGUGGGACAAGGUAUUUGGCCAACCGCCUACUAAGAACAAGUUUGCAAAGCCAGUUGGCACCUCAACCAUGAAGCCAACUCAAAGGGAUUCUAAUACUAAGAUUAAGAUAGAUGACAUCGAUGUUGAACUUUUGUCAAAUUUGAACGUUGACACUGGGGAUCCAUUUGAUGACUUCAAAUAUACUUUAACCGAAAAUAGAUUCUUGUUCUAUCACUGGGCACUUUAUAAAGACAAGGUAGAAGAUAUAGAAGAUUACAUGAAAUAUGGAGCAGGAAAUCAACUUGAUUUCUUUAUUCACCUGAUUCGUUCUAAUCCAUGAAUGUACAUGAGUGGGAAGAAAUUUACUAAAGCUCAGAUCAGAGACUUUACUUAUGGAGAUGGUGAAGGUGCAUUGAAUUUAAAAAGCACUUCUUCUAUCAUAUCAGGGAAGGAUCAUAUGUCAAGUUCUUUAUCGCAAGCCUCAUUCACAUCAAGCAUGAGUACCUCAGUGAAGGAGAAAAGACAGAGAUCUCUACAUCACGGUGUCUACCAGCACAUCCUCAACAAAGAGCAUUAUGCUCUCUCCAGAUCUGAAUGAGUUGGAGUUGCCUUUGUUUGGGGGACUGAUACCCAAGGUCAACUUGGCUGUGCCAAUAUAGCCAACAUGAAAUUUGACGAAAUGGAUGAUAACUUUAGAAGGUACUACCCUAGAAUUCUAAUCGGCUUGAAAGACCUAGUCAUCAAGGAGGUUUGCUGAGGGAACGAGCACUCUUUGGCUGUAACUUUGGAAGGAAAUUUAUAUUCCUGGGGUAACAAUUCAAAUCACCAGCUUGGAAUUGGCUAUAAUUCUUCUAAAAUAGUGAACCACCCUACAAGGGUGUAUAACAUAGAAAAUGUAGUCCAAAUAUCUUGUGGAUAUGAACACUCGAUGGCCUUGAAUGAUGAAGGAGAACUAUACUCCUGGGGACAUGGCGAAGGGGGACUUCUUGGACAUGGAGAAUUAGAUGAUGAAGCAACUCCUAAAAGAGUCGAAGAAUUUGUUAAAAAGGACCUCAGUGUGACAAAGGUUGCAUGUGGAGGACUCCACACCCUUGCCAUCGCAGGUGAAGGCAAAGUAUACACAUGGGGUAGAGCAGAAGGAGGACAAUUAGGACACUCUAAACAGCACCUUGAAAGCUUAGAAAGACUAGAUUUAGGAAUUUCUGUCCCUAUCUGAAUUAUUAAUGAUAAAGUUAUCGAAGAUAUUGCAGCUGGUGCUGCUCAUUCCUUGGCCCUCACAGAGAAUGGAGAAGUUUAUAGUUGGGGUCACAACGAUUAUGGCCAAUGCGGUCUUGGAUUUUCAGGUGAAAACUUUGAGCCAGGCACUGGAGGUGCACAAAGUUCUGUAUUUGAGCCCAGCCAAAUGAAAUCAAUAAAAGACAUAAAGAUGGAAAGUAUUUAUGCUGGAUCAACUUUCUCGAUGCUUCUCUCAGAAGAUCAGGAGCUGUAUGCUUGAGGAAUUAAUGACCUCGGUCAAUGCGGAAUCGAUACAGAGCAUGAGGAACUCCAAAAAUUUGAAAAGAUUAAAAACAAAGCUGCUAAUAACUUUGAAGUUCAGACAGAUAUAAGCGCCCCAAGAAAACUCGAAUGAUUCCAUGCAAUGGAAGUUAAGGGUGUUGCCUGUGGAGAGGACCAUUCAUUUGCUCUUAUAAACUCAGGAGAGAAGGAUAAGAAAAUGCUAUGGGGUUGGGGAAUGUAUAAAGCUGGCCAGCUUGGUCUUGGAAGAAUCAAAAAGAAAACAAAUCCAAGGCUUCUCCAAACUCUCUAUAAUUCAACUAUACUCAAAGAUAAAAUCUCAUGUGGAAGUUCUAAUACUUUAUGAAUAGUGGGAGACCCAGAGAAGUUCAAAGAAGAAUAUGAUGACAAUGCAACUGAAAUGCUCAAUAAAAGUUUCCAGAUUGAUUUUGAAAAUGAAUGAUGGGAUAUUGUUGAGCACCAAGAUGAAGAGAACUUCCAGCUCAGAAUGGCUGAGUAUAAUUAGCUAAUAAUAUUUUCCUUCAAUUAAAACAGCAAA